AUGUCCUUAAAUUUUUUAGAUAAAGGUGUGGGCACACUAGUGACCAAUAAAGAUGGAAACCCCGCGGCUUUUAUAGUUAAAAAACCAAUUGAUAGUCCCACAAACUUAACUGCUUCUCUAGUAGACCUGGAUUUGGGUGCUGUUGACAACUUAAGUGAUGUGUUUAAAACACGAAAGAAUAUAACGAUAGAUGUCAUUAAUGAUCAAGCUACUCUUGUUAAAUGGAAUUGCAAUGCUAAGAAUUCGGUUGCUGCAAUAGGGCUGUCAUCUGGAUCCUUUUCACUAAUCAACCCUUAUGCCAGUAUGUCUCCAAAUCAUGUUGUCACUGGUGCUAGAUCUUCAAUUUCAGGCCUAGAAUUUUCAUUCCACGAUCCUACAAUUGCUAGUAUAAGUCAAGGCGGGCUUUUAUGCCUUACGGAUAUAUCCAGCACUAAUGUAACAAAGCUUAGUGACGAAGUCUCCUCUUCGGGGUUUAACAGCACCGUUACUUGGAAUCAUAGAGUUGGUCAUAUUUUGGCCACAAAUAAUCCGGGGGGGAACGCCAACAUUUGGGACAUUAAGCUCAAAAAAACUGCCACGUCUUUCGGUAAUAACACAAAUUUCAGUUCCGUUCAAUGGAUUCCGGAGCAAGCGACUCAACUUAUUACCAGUUCCAAUGAUAAUCCCAUUAUCCAGCUUUGGGAUUUGAGAAAUACAGGAGCUCCUUUAAAAGAAUUUUGUACGCCUUGCUUGGUCAAAAAUUUGGCAUUUAGCCCACAUAACCAUUCUAUAUUCACAACUACCGGCGUUUCAACGGAUUCCAAUGAUCAGUUAAUGCUUUGGAGUAUCGAAUUAGAGCUGCAAAAUUCUAUAUUGUUUGAAUGUGAACCCUCUAUAUCGUUUGCUCAGUCUUAUGUCAGCUGGUCCAUGUACAAUCCAGCAUUGGUUCUCUGGAAUUCAUCAGAUUCGAUGUCUCUUACCAACAUUUACAAUCAAGCACAAGUCACAAAUAUUCCACAUCUCAACAAAUUAAAAUACGGAAUAGCUACUGGAUUUGCCAGCAGAAUAGCCACCUAUGGCGGCAAUUCAAAUAGCGUCACUGGAUACAAAGCAAUAUGCGAACAAGUAAAAAUGGAUAUGUCAAUCAUUGAAUCAGAUUUAACUGCCUGCAAAAUGAUAUGCGAGUCUAAAGCAAGGGAUAAAAGUGUUAGUGAUGAAUUGGACAGAACAAGCUGGUUAGUGACGUCUGCUCUAUUUUCUUCAAACAGAAAGGAUAUGUUGUCUGCCAUUGGUUUGGAUGUUGACAAUGUAAUUGUUACUGCCAAGAAACUGUUGGGAGAAACUGUUGAACCGAAUGAGCUGAAACAAGAAAAGGAUGACCCAGAGGAGUUUUUCAGAGAGCUGGGACAACGCAGUGACACUUCCUCCAGCAAUGACGAUAAAAAAACUACCUUUGUUUAUGAAGGGGAUAAACUUCCAGAUGACAUGGCCAAGGCAUUAGAUGAUUGCAUAUCAAUUGGUGACCUUGGUAUCGCAGCAGAUUUAUGUUUGUUGGCUGGUAGAACCACUGAAGCCUUACUGCUAGCUCAUGGCGCCGGCAUUGACGAAUGGAAUCGCAUAUCAAAGGCAAUAGUCUCACACAGCAAGGAUCCAUUAAUCACUAAAAUUGCAAUUCUUACAUCAGGAGAUUUAUAUACGUUGGUCUCUAAUGCUGAUCUUAAAGAAUGGAAGCUAAUACUAGCCUCAAUUUGCACGUUUGCCGACAAUGAUAACUUCUUUUCAUACUGUGGCAUUUUGGCUGAAAGAUUAUUGACGAGUGAAAUUGAAGGGGCCAUUAAAGCUGCUAUUGUCUGUUAUCAAGUUGCUGGAAAUGUAAAUGGUGCCUUUGACAAUUGGUACGACUUCCCCGAACCGAUUGACACGAAAGUGCUUCGUAUGGCCAUGUUUCAGAAAGCUUCAAGGUGCUCUCCAUCUGGUUCUAGCCUAAACAAAUUUGUGUCCCUGGUAUCAAAGAUGUCUGAAAAGCUUGCCCAAUCUGGUUAUAUAACUGAGGCGCUGGGUCUGCUUUCGAUUAUUCAACCACAACAUAUGGUAGAGAUGCAGGUGUAUAAAAUUUCUCAGCUGCACGGUGGAGCAAUGGGUAAUCCCCCUUACUCACUAAUCCCAAUAUAUUUUUCACAUUCUGGAGCAUCCAGCGCCAGUAAGUCAACUAUGAGCGGAUUCCAAUCCAUCCCUGGCGCUAAACCUAACUUCACCGUGCCUGGCCCCUCAAUUAAAGGCCCGGCUAUGGACUAUAAACCUACAAUCCAUCCAUCAACCCCUGCAGGUCCAGUUGUUAACACUACUCAUAUAAAGACAACCGCUCCCACUGCUGUGGCAGAGGCCAUGUAUCCAGGAAUGCCAGUGCCCUGGCCAAUUCCUACUCCUACACAGCAAUUGGUUUCUGAAACAAAUGUCACAAUUGACGCUAAUAUGAAGAUUGCCGCUAAAUCGGCUGCAACCGCGGUUCCCGCAGGGGAACCAAUGUCUGCCAGUAAUUACAGCCUCGUAAAUUCUGCAAUUAAGGGGCUAAUGGCCAAUGCACUAGUAAACGAAUCAAGUUCCAAAAAGGCACAGGAAAUACAGUUACGAAUAGACCAGUUAUUUGACGCUAUAAAGUCGUGCAAGCUGAGUGCUGAGACCAAUAAUCAGUUGAUCGAGCUAUGCAAGGCAGUAGAGGCCAGUGAUUUUAUAAAUGCAAACAAAAUUUUAAUGUCAAUCUCAUCUACUGCAUGGGAUAGUAAUAAUAAGGGCUGGAUUAUGGUUCUUAAGCGAAUAGUUCCUAGAUGA